GUCUCAAGCAGGGUGAGCUCCUUUGGGGCGCAUUGUCGACACUGCCAACAUCUUACACAUUCGCGCCAUCGCCGUCCUGAAUCUCAACGCGCAACAUCGACCUGGUCAACUUGCCCAUCUUCAUCUCGGCCCUCGUUCUGUGUCUCCCUCUUGCCUCUUAACACCGCUUCUUCCGCCAUCAUCUUCCUACGGCUAACUUGCGAUUUUCGCUCAACACCCACGGCAAAGACGGCUAUCGACGACAAUUCCGGUUUGGUGUCAGCUUGUCCCCAACAUGCCUGAAUCUUCCAACGCCACUUCUGCUGGUCCCACGACAGCGACCCCUUCCGCUCCCGCCGACUCUCCAGCCACCCAAAAGACAAGCGCCGUCAAGGACAAGAACUGCCCUUACUGUGGACAGGCUUUCACCUCCUCAUCUCUCGGGCGACAUCUCGAUCUUUAUAUAAAGGAGAAAAACCCAAAGCCACCCGACGGUAUUCACGAUGUGGAUGCUAUCCGUAAGCUACGAGAGUCCAUCACUCGGCGCCAACCAAGGGGCUCGCACGCCCGUCGCGAUCGUGACCGUGACGUCGACGCCUCCAAUCCUGGCACCCCAGGAUCGUCCUCCAGAAAGAGUCCAGCCCCGGUUCCGGCCUCAUCUGCAGCCCCCGAUACCGUCAUACGACCGCCAGCCAUCCCAAAGGAAGGACAAUUCGUCGUAGAUACACAGAGCAAUCGCUUCCCAUUUCAGGCAUCAUGGGAGGCAACUGGCGUGAUGAACGAUAUACCUCCAACAACCGGCAAUUAUGGGAGCGGAAUCGGUAGUAGCUGGGACCCAACCCGAGCCACGGCAAGUCCGGGUAGGGACAUGUCAGCGCGCCCGCAGCGAGUGCCGAGUCGGGCAGCGCAAAAGAUACAACUCGACACGAAACAGCGACUAGCCGACGCCGUGGACACCGCUCGGGCUGCCGAACUCGCAUUAAGAGAAUUGCUUAGUUCUAUGAGAGCUGCCAAGCAGAAUGUCGACAUGAACUCUUUACCCUUUGACUUCGAACCCCUAGCCCUCGACUUUCCUGCACUCACCCUACAGUGUCUCCAGGCACCGCCGACUCUGUUUUCCUCCACACCCCACCCGACCUCGACUUCAUGGUCGAUCCAGCCACCCGGCCAGAAACAAUACGAAGCACUGCACAUGUAUUUUCAGGACGAGUUCCACAAAUGGCGUGUCAAUUGCGCUACGGCUACGACGCUUGCCGCCGAUGAUCUGACCUACCCGCCCUCGGACACCAAGUUCCCUCAUGACAUGCGUGAAAGCAUCAAGAAAGCGGAGAAGGCUGCUGCGCUGCUGGAAAAACAGGUCUAUGAACACUUGCAGUCGACAUAUAAUGUAUGGGAACAGCUGUCACCGCAACGUCGAAGCGAGCUUUGGGGCUUGGAGCUAGCCAGGAGUGUCGGCAGACGGCAGAAAGAACUUGAGAAGCUCAAGGAAGCACAGUACGCCAUUAAGCAGGAGAACGCGAAUCUCAAGCAGCAGAUUGAACAUCUCAACCGCCUUCAGCAGCCCAGGGAGUUCAGAAUUGUACCACCCGCAACGAUACCCAUAGAAGAGACCUACAUGAACUACCUGCUUGGAUUGGGGGCUAGCGGCGUGCAUGGUACCGGGAUCACCGUAGAGGAGCGGCAUGUGGAUCUUACAACAAUGGUCUCCCGUGCCAUCGACAGAUGGAAGUCUGUCAUCCUAUCUACCAGGGGCAGUGCAGGAUUGGGCGGACAGAAAUCACUUGAUCAGGUUACGCCAAGCACAACGCCAACAAAUGCGACACCCAUCUCCUUGCCGCCGCCCCAGCAGCGCGUGUCAGGGACGCACUCACAACAGGUUCCACCGAAAUCUCUUGCUUUGCCGCCAGCUUUGUCCACGGGGUCUUCAACAACUACCACUGCGCCAUCUGCCGCAGAUGAAGACAAUAGUGAUGCCGAUGCUGACGCUGACGCUGACGCCGACGCCGAUGCCGAUGCAGAAAUGGAUGACGGGGACGGCUUCACCCCUAUGCCGCCAACCCUUACGAAGGCACCGGCACAGCAGAUACAACCCCCGCUCGAGGUGCCACGGGCCAGAGGCCAUAAUAACCCACGAGGCGCCGGUCGCAUAGAUACGCGGUUCACAAUGAACGGAAAUAGUAGUACUAUGAACAGAGGUCUCAGCGUUCGGCACCAGAUGCCCAACAUCACCACCACCAAUACGGCCUCACCGAUGACUGCUGGUCAGCGGCAGCCUCAACAACAAGGGCGCGUAAAUAACGACGAGUAUAUAAACAGCGCAAAUCAAGGGGUCGUCUGUGGCGAGCCCAUGUAUAUGGAUUAAUAGAUAAAAGAUAAUUAGAGCGGUUCAUUGGUAGCGGCGGUUUUUGUUGCUGUGUGUGGGCGUUCAAAAAAAGGUAUAGAAAUCUGGCUUGGUUGCGGGGUGAAAGUGGCCUGCUUGCCUCCUUGGAGAUAUGGUAUAUAAAUAAAAUGACGUGAGGUCUAUAUUCCCCUCCCUCUCUCCCUACGACGAUCUAGUGCGUGGAUAGUUCCGUAGAUCUUGUGUGGUGUGAUAUGUGUGUAAGAA